CAUUGGUUGUAUUGGUAAGGUUGGCCAGCCUGGCAAGGACGCAGUUACUCCUGACAUCAGUGCGAACCUGAUGUUAAAGUCCUUCUGGGUUCCCGCACCAUGGCACUCGGGGACGGGACUUGGCUCUCAGUGCAAAGAGGCAGCUGAAUUCUGUGUUAGUAAUUUUACUUGAAGAUGGCAGGGCAGUUGUUAUACUUCUCCAGAUAUGGCAUAUCAGCACACCAAGUUACAAUAAUACAGCCGUGAAACCCACGAUCAGAAACCAGAAUACGGAGUUUGGGAUUUGCUAGCCAAGACUCUCCUUUUUGAGCAACACAAUGGAUCAAAAUCCGCAAGAGAUUAUGCAUUCUCUCUUCUCUCUUGAUCCAAGCAUGGAGAACAGAGGCCAUCUAUACCCAUAUAACUAUCCUUAUGGACAGUACCCGUAUCCAUAUCACUACCCUUACUCAGCAGCCCAUCCUUCCGUAGCUCACUCAAAUAUCCCGCCUGCAUCCCACAGUAUUCCCCCUCCAUCUUCCCAUCCCAUAAACCAGGCUUCACAGAGCCUGUCAGCAUCUCAGGCCAACCUUCCAGCAUACAGUACAGGAGUCCAUAGCAUCCGUCCACCCAUGACCAACAUGCGGGAACAACCUGGUGAUGGCAGGUUACAUCUGUUGCCUGAGAUAGAGAGGCCAGCACACGAGACGCAGCAGACUGCACAAGAUCUGCGAAGUAUGCACAGCGAUUCUAGGUCAUCUGUAGACUCUAGGCAUCAUGCUGCUGAUAUGAGAUCCUCGUCUAGUGAGCACCGCUAUCUAGACGAGGUGAGGACACUCUCUGCCCAGCCCAGAAAUUCCAGCAGCGAUUCCAGGCACUUGUCAGAUUAUUCACCACAGCCAACAGAUUUGCGGACUCAACCCAUUGAUGCCAGGUUGUAUGGUGAUAUGAGGCAAGUUCCAGAUCAAAGACAUAUUAACGAGUCUCGGCCAUUGAAUGACCAGAGAACACAAAGGUCAGAGAGCAGUGUCACAGAUGACCAUAGGGUGCAUAUGGGUAGAUCUGAUGAGUACAAGUAUGGAGGAAAUUUAGGCAGUUAUAGUAAUCACCCGCUUAACACUCCUCAACACAUUGAAGAACCUCCAUUGUCAGGUGAUCCAAGACCACCAAUCAAUGAUAAUAGACCAGGUGAAGAAAACAGGAGUUUAUAUGUCCCUAUGAGAACAUGUACAAAUGAGGAAAGGUUAACAAAUCAUCCAGAAUCACAAAAGUCUUCUGUUUCCCAUGAUUAUUAUAGUAGCAGACCUCAUGUUGGUCACAGCAACCAUUCAGCAAAUGGUGAAGAAUUCACAUCCACACCCACAGGUCAAGAAGGCGUGCAGAAGCCACAUAUGGGGACUGAAUAUAUGCCUGAUAUUAGACAGUGUACAAAUGAACAGAAAACACAGUUGAAUAAUCCAGCAAUAACUUCGGAAGAAGUUAAUGAGAGAAAUAUGAAGUAUCCCACAAUUAGUAGUCCAAAUACUUCACUUGGAUUGCUCUCUCAUGCUCUUGGCCAACACCUUGGUGAAGAAGCCAAUAAAUGUGGAAAUGGGACAAAAACUGAUGAUUGCAAUAGUGGAGACAAAAAUUUUUAUGCAGUGAAGGACAGAGACUACAAUGGGGAAAGAAGGAAUGGCCAAGAUGAUUUUGAAGAUAAAGAGUCAAAAACACCUGAGGUGGAUGAGUUAGAGGAUGACUUUGAUUCUGAAGCUUCAUCCUGUGAGUACUCAAGUCCAUACAUUGAAUUCAGUGAAGUAGCACAUGGCAUAUUCAAUAAUGUUAAUAAUCUAGCAGGUCCAAUGAAACCCUUCCAAUGCGAAGACUGUGAUGCAACAUUUACCACAAAAGGUAAUCUCAAAGUACACAAGCGAAUUCAUACAGGAGAGAGACCAUAUGAAUGUGAAGACUGUGGCAAAACUUUUUCAUAUUGUGCGUCGUACCAAUCACAUAAGCUUAUUCACAGUGGACAUAGGCCAUUCAAGUGUGACUUUUGUGAGAGGGCCUUCUUCCGAAGUGAACACUUAGAGCGCCACAGAAGGCGGCACACCGGCGAAAGGCCCUUUAAAUGUACAGAAUGUGAUGCCACAUUUGCUGCAAGUGAUGGGCUUUCAAGACACACUAGAACUCACACAGGUGAGAAACCCUACAAUUGCAAAGAAUGUGGGAUGACAUUCGCCUACAAGUCCACUUAUCUUCGACACAAAUUACUGCAUAGUGAGGGGUCAUAUAAAUGCGAAGAUUGUGGUGCUGCUUUCAAAGACCCUGUAAGGCUUGACAAGCAUAUUAAAAAGCAUGAUGAUCCAAAUUAUUUGCCAUACACAGAUGAAAGCAAGGCAAAGCCCCAUAAACUGGUGGAAGAUGGAAUAGAAGUAAUUGGUUGUGAAUUUUGUCAGAUGAAAUUUAGACACAAAUCAGAUUAUUACCUUCACAGAAGAACACAUACUGGGGAGAAACCAUAUAUAUGUGAUAUUUGUGGUGCAUCAUUUAUCAGGAGAGCAUACUUGGAUGUACAUAUGAGAACUCACACAGGUGAAAGACCUUAUAAAUGUGAUGCUUGCGAGUCUGCCUUCAAAACUCGUACUGCCUUGAAAUUUCACAGACGCAUUCACACUGGUGAGAGGCCAUACAAAUGUGAACAUUGUGAUUUUGCCUUUGCUCAGAAAUCUGCGAUGAAGGCACAUGUUCGUAUACACACAGGUGAUAAACCCUUCAAAUGUGGUGAAUGUGAUGCUGCUUUCAGACACAGCAGUAGCUUAACCAUUCACCACAGAAGGCGGCACACCGGCGAAAGGCCCUUUAAAUGUACAGAAUGUGAUGCCACAUUUGCUGCAAGUGAUGGGCUUUCAAGACACACUAGAACUCACACAGGUGAAAGACCUUAUAAAUGUGAUGCUUGCGAGUCUGCCUUCAAAACUCGUACUGCCUUGAAAUUUCACAGACGCAUUCACACUGGUGAGAGGCCAUACAAAUGUGAACAUUGUGAUUUUGCCUUUGCUCAGAAAUCUGCGAUGAAGGCACAUGUUCGUAUACACACAGGUGAUAAACCCUUCAAAUGUGGUGAAUGUGAUGCUGCUUUCAGACACAGCAGUAGCUUAACCAUUCACAAAAGAACUCAUACAGGAGAGAGACCAUAUUCUUGUGAUGUUUGUGGAGCCUCUUUUGCCCAACGUCCCCACCUUAAUCUGCACAAACGAUCUCAUUCUGGUAUUAAACCUCACACUUGUGAUGAAUGUAGUGCAUCCUUCACAAAGAAAGAUUAUCUUCUAGCUCACAAAACCAAACAUGCUGGAGGCAGUGCCAUCAAGAUUGAAGCUAUUGCAGAAACAGCUGGGGAUCAGCUGUUCAAAUGUACAGAUUGUGAGAUGGUGUUUACCCACCAUUCUAGCUUGACAGUCCAUAUGAGAAAACACACAGGUGAAAGACCUUAUAAAUGUGAUGCUUGCGAGUCUGCCUUCAAAACUCGUACUGCCUUGAAAUUUCACAGACGCAUUCACACUGGUGAGAGGCCAUACAAAUGUGAACAUUGUGAUUUUGCCUUUGCUCAGAAAUCUGCGAUGAAGGCACAUGUUCGUAUACACACAGGUGAUAAACCCUUCAAAUGUGGUGAAUGUGAUGCUGCUUUCAGACACAGCAGUAGCUUAACCAUUCACAAAAGAACUCAUACAGGAGAGAGACCAUAUUCUUGUGAUGUUUGUGGAGCCUCUUUUGCCCAACGUCCCCACCUUAAUCUGCACAAACGAUCUCAUUCUGGUAUUAAACCUCACACUUGUGAUGAAUGUAGUGCAUCCUUCACAAAGAAAGAUUAUCUUCUAGCUCACAAAACCAAACAUGCUGGAGGCAGUGCCAUCAAGAUUGAAGCUAUUGCAGAAACAGCUGGGGAUCAGCUGUUCAAAUGUACAGAUUGUGAGAUGGUGUUUACCCACCAUUCUAGCUUGACAGUCCAUAUGAGAAAACACACAGGUGAAAGACCUUUUGUAUGUGAAGAUUGUGGAGCAUCUUUCUUAUAUAGUUCAAACUUAACAACUCACCGUCGAAAACACACGGGUGAAAGACCCUACAAGUGUGACCAGUGUGAAGCUUCAUUCAUAUUGAAGAGUUAUUUGACAAUGCAUCUUAGAAAGCAUUCAGGUGAGAGACCAUUUAAAUGUGAUGAAUGUGAUGCUCGCUUCACACAGAAGACUCACUUGUCAACACACAGGCGAAUACAUACAGGAGAAUGCCCAUACAAGUGUGAAGAGUGUGGGGAAGCAUUUCGUGAUGGUGCCAAUUUCUGGAGACACAAAAAGAAGCAUUUAAUUGGAGAAGGUGCCGCUACAGUAACUCGCAGAAGAGGAAGAAGAGGGAGAGGGAGAGGAGGAUCCAGAGGGACAAGAGGCGCUAGAAUGGUUCCCACAAGACGCACAACACGCACCCGCAGGCCUGUCUUGAAAUUUGAAGACCUUUAUGAGCAAUAUAUUGUAAAUCAAGAUGGCGAACCAAUAUUUCUGAAAGAGGAACUGCAAGAUCUGACAACCAGAGAUGGUGAGGAUGAUGAUGACGAUGAUCGUCCCUACAUCCCUAUCAAUCCAAUGGUUGAGAUUAAAUUAGAAGGAGAAGAUGAUGAGGAAGAGAAAGAUGAGGAUGAAAGAGUGGAAAAUACAGAGUCAGAGUUGCAGGAAGAGGAACUAAUGGAUGAUACCUGUGAAAAAGAAGUUUCACAGGCAGAGCACGGUGACAGUAAUGCUGGAUCAAUGUCUCCUAAAGAAGAUAAUGAAGGUGAAGAUUCAAAUGAAGAAACUAGAGAGAAGGAUGUAGCAGGAGAUGAGUUGCAAGGUUAGAUAGGUUUGUUAGUUAUGUUAGAUUUUUUGGCAUUAUAUUAUUUACAUUUAUAUAUACGACUUACAGUAUGCAGAGUAUAGAAUAUUUCUUGGUCAUAAGAAACUUAUCUAUUAUACCUAAACAAAAAGACAGUGUAUUUAUAUUAAUCAUUUUUUUCAUGGAUCUCAAUGGAAUUAUAUUCUAUGUUAAAUUCUGUUUUCUUUUACUUUUUUUUCUUGUUUAGUUUAGUUUAUGUGAUACUUGUAGAGGACAAGACAAAUGACUUGGUAUUUGUAACUGUGUCCCUGUGGUGUAUGCAGGAGGAUUUCGAUGUGGUGUAUUCUCCAGUGAUCAGUGUUGUAUGAGUAGUGUCAGAGUUGACUUGUUCUUAUACUAGCUUCAGAAUGUUUACAUGUGAUGAACUUGGAACGCGUUUUUCUUGUGAGAGUUCUAAACGUCUUGAUAGAUUACCUGUGGUGUACUUGUUUGUGAUAAAAAGAUAUGCUAAUAUGUUGAUAUUGGUACAUUUAUAUUGAUAGAGAAUUUUUGUUUUAUAUUGUAUCAAAUGGCAUUUAUAUUAGAUGAUGUUAUACCCUGAAUGACUUUAGAUUCAAAAUAUGAUAUUAAAUUUUCAAAGACUUGAAUCUGUCUGGUUUAUAGAUUUUUAAAAUUACAUAAUUUGCAUCAUAUAGCAAAAAGAAAGAAUCUUUCAAUUGUAAACAGGUACUAGUCAUAAUAAAUAUGGAGUCAUAUUUUGAUGUUUACAGUGAAGGAAUAAUUGUUGGAAUGUAUUUGUUUGAUGUCUUAGACUGAGCUGUAAAUAGCAAACUUUAGACAUUUUCUACAUUAGGAGAUGUAUUGAAUUGUUUGUGAAAUGUACAACUGGGGAAAUAAAUUGUGAAUUCCGAA